AUGGUGAGGCCAAUUUCCUACAAGGUGGAUUCUGCAGAGACACGAUACCAGAAAGGCAGUUAUGGACUUAUGGUGAAGCAUGAAAGGUACGAGUACAGAUUUAUGAACAACCUUGUUGAGGAGAUCUCAGUUCAGCUGCUAAACCAAACGUAUUUGAAUGUGGCCAAGUAUCCUGUUGGAAUUGAGUCUCGUGUACAAGAUAUUUAUCAGCUGUUAAGUAUUGGCACAACUGGCCGCUGUGUAGCAGGAUUGCAGGAAUAUGGGGAGCUGCUGGAAUUGGAAAAACGACAAUUGCGAAAGCUGUUUAUAAUUCAAUUGGCCAAAGGUUUCAAGGUAGAUGUUUCUUGGAAAAUGUUGGAGAGAAGUCACUGUCAAAUGAAGGCCUACUCCAUCUACAAGAGACUACUUUCUGAGACUCUAGGAGGCACAAACCUGAAGGUCAACAAUGUUCAUAAAGGGAUGAAUUUUAUAAAACAAAGGUUGAGCCAUAAAAGGGUUCUCUUGAUUCUUGAUGAUGUGCAUGAACUGGAUUGGUCGAGCAACUUAGCUGGAGCUACAGAUUACCACCAAGCUCUUGAACUCUUCAGUUGGCAUGUCUUUGAUACUAAUGAACCUCCCGUAGAAUAUGUUGCACUCGCAAGGCGUGCAAUAGACUAUGUUGAAUGCCUUCCACUAGCUCUGAAAGUUUUUGGUACUUACUUGGGUAAUCUAGACACCAUAGACCGUUGGCAAACUAUAUUAGAUAGUUACAAAAGUGCUCCUUAUGAGAUUAAAAAACCAUUCAGAAUAUGUUAUGAUGCAUUGGAAGAAGAGGAGAAGCAAGUUUUUCUUGAUAUUGCAUGUUUCUUCAACGGUAAGGAAAAUGACUUUCUGAAAGAACUAAUAAAAGAUGAUGAGCUCGAUUUUCCUGAGGAUUAUAUUGAAGUAUUGAUACAAAAGGCUUUCAUUAGUCUUGAUCAUCAUAAUAGGAUUUGGAUGCAUAAUUUGCUCGAACAGAUGGGUAAACAGAUAGCUCGACAAGAACCGCUCACAGAGCCUGGAGAACAUGCAUAG